AUGGUCCGCCUGCUUCUCAGACGAGGCCUGCGACUUGGCCUCGCGCCAGCGAAUCAUCGACGGCGCGCGCCCGUGCUCGCGGCGACGCGCGGCGACCACAGCCACAGCCACCACCACCACCGCGAGGGCCCGCCCGACGUGACGAUCAAAUGGGUGUUCAAAAAAAGCGGCGAGGCCAUCGAGACGCCGGCCUACUUCGGGGAGAACCUGCUGCGCCUCGCGCAGCGCCACGACAUCCCCCUCGAGGGCGCCUGCGAGGGCGUGACGGCCUGCAGCACCUGCCACUGCAUUUUGGAGGACGACUUCUUCGACGAGCUCGAGGAGGAGCUCGAGGAGGACGAGGAGGACAUGCUCGACCAGGCCUUUGGGCUGACGCCGACGAGCCGCCUCGGCUGCCAGCUCAAGGUCGACGAGCGCUUCGACGGCGCGGUCAUCAUGCUGCCGGAGGCCACGCGGAACUUCUACGUCGACGGCCACGUCCCGCAGCCGCACUAG